AUGAUUUUCUUCAGAACAUCGUUUCCAUUCAGCAAAUCAGGCGAAAGGACGGAACCCCCAGAGUUACGACUCCAAUCAAACCGAGAUGGGUCUGCUGCCGACCCAAGGAAGGCCAGCAGCUCGAAGAGUCUGCGACCCUACGACAUACCUUACGCCACGGGAAACAGCAACGCCGCUGCGGUGAAUACAACGGCGGGCACUGCAGCUUCUGCCGAGGCUGGGAAGGUGCCCGGUGGCAUAGACGACAAGGGCAUCGUUUUGAGAUGCAUGUACACCAACCAGAAGACGAAAAAACGCAAGACUUGGUCGGACGGCGCCGUCAAGUGCUGCCCGAAACGCCAACGGGUAUCCCUUUACCGUUGGAGCGAAGCACUGGGCGUCACAGAGAAGCUUCUCGGCGAGGUCUACCUCACCGUGCCACAAUACGAGGCGUUUAUCACACAGGGGGAGCCGGAGCUCGAGAUGGAACUCCUUCGGAGAGGAGACGACGGUGACGACGCGGGAGGACGGAGCGCGAGCCAUUACCCCGAGAAUCAACGAUGCGGUCGCGACGGCGCCGUGACAGCGGCUGGAGGCACCGGUGGCAGGGAAGAAAACACGUUCGGGCGUGGCAACGCUAUCGGUGGUGCUGGCGCCCGCGUCCCCGAGGAGGUCGAUCGCGAAACACCCGGCUAUGUUGCUAGGGUGGAGAUGCGCUCCACCCAGGACAUCCUCUCCCUGUUCGGCGGCUUCGGAGGGACGCCAUCUACCCAAGGAGGGCACGAUCACGGCUCACAUGGACGAGAGACGGCCGAGACUCAACGGCACGGGCCAACUGAAGCCCCUCUCGGAUCGCAAGCAUCCGGGGAUGCUCUCAGGCCGGUCGGGGGCGGCAUUCGCCGGGCGGCGGACAUGCACCGGGCACAGAAAGAGGCCCGGGCAGCGGCGGCGACGGUGGCGCCUGGAGGAGGUGCAGCUGGCGCGGCAACUGGAGCGUCAUCGGCGAGGGGCGCGCCCAAUGACGACGCGGUUAUGGGGGACUGGGUUUGCGGAACGUGCGGGGUGCGCGGGGACCCUUCAUCUGCGUCGUGCCGUGUCUGCGGAGCCAAGCGAGAAGGGCUUCGGAGUGAUGGCGUUGCGCAGGGCGGCGACGAUGGUGUUAGGGGGGGUAUCGGCAGCCAGGAAGGACGGGUGGGGUGGGGAAGGGGGGAUGACUUCGGCGGAGGUGGACGGCGACAAGAGAAGGCUUCGGAAGGCGGAGCAGGGGACGUGGGCGAUCGGCCUGUUACUCUUGGCAUCGCGGAAGGCUUAGAGGCAGGAGGUGCCCCUGGUCGGUGGCGCACUAGUUCUCCGGACCGCCCUGCCUUCCCGCAGUCGAGAGCCGGGGGUGGCGGGGAGGGUGCUUGUGGGGUUAGUGUGCUUGAGACGCCGAGCAGCUGCCAGAAGAUCGGUCCUCGAAUGCAGAUGGACAUGGGUUCUUCGUCGGAUAGCGAUGAUGCUUGA